AUGCCGCGCUCAUUCCUGGUGAAAAACAAGCGCUCCUCUUCCUACAACGUCCACAGGAGCCAGGAGGAGCCGGAGGAGCCGGAGGAGCUGGAGGAGCCGGAGGCCUCCACGCGCGUUCCAUCGCAGGCCUCAUCAGACAGGCCUGGCUCAGAGGGGGGGCCUCCCCCUGCAGACCCCUGCUCACCUGAGCAUGGACUAGAGGGGGCGGGGCUUCAGUGUCCCCUACCUGUCCACCCAGAGACAACCAAACCACCUGUGGUCCCCACACAGCCAUACUACCUGUCCGAGCCUCACGUGGCCGAGUAUCCACCUUACUACAAGCCGACGUACGCCUGGGAGCCGCUGCCUUCCUCCUACGACCUCCGUCAGCUGAGCUUCAGCCCCACGGUGCUGCAGCACGCCAGCAGUCUGUACGGCCCCCACAUCAGCCGCAGCCCCCCGCUGGAGCAGCCUCUGGACUGCAGCACGCACUACUCCCCCACCUCCAACACCUACCACUGCAUCACCUGCGACAAGGUGUUCUCGACGCCCCACGGGCUGGAGGUCCACGUCAGGAGGUCCCACAGCGGGAUGAGACCGUUCGGCUGCAGCAUCUGCAGGAAAACCUUCGGCCACGCGGUCAGCCUGGAGCAGCACAUGAACGUCCACUCUCAGGAAAAGAGCUUUGAGUGCAAAAUGUGUGGGAAAACGUUCAAGCGCUCCUCGACGCUCUCCACGCACCUCCUCAUCCACUCCGACACGAGGCCGUACCCCUGUCAGUACUGCGGGAAACGGUUCCACCAGAAGUCGGACAUGAAGAAGCACACGUACAUUCACACGGGGGAAAAACCUCACAAAUGCCAAGUUUGCGGGAAAGCGUUCAGCCAAAGCUCCAACCUGAUCACCCACAGCAGGAAGCACACGGGCUUCAAACCGUUUGGGUGCGAUAUUUGCUCAAAGGGCUUCCAGCGAAAGGUGGAUCUCCGCCGGCACCACGAGAGUCAGCACGGCAUGAAGUGA